ACGCUGCCAAGUGGACAUGGCCAGUAGUCAACGAGCCGGGGACAGAAGCGUCAGUGUACAAGGUUCUCUCCGCCUGGUGCGGCAACGCGUACGAGGAGAUGGUGAAGGACGCGGAGCGCAAGGCGAGGGACCACGAGCGGCUGAAGCUGGAGCGGGACCAGCGGUUCCAGGAGUGGAUGCAGUGCCGCCAGGAGAAGUUCAUCAAAGAAAAGGAGCUAGAGGCGGAGUGUGAGAAGGUGCGCAAGCUGCAGGCUUCGGAGUUUGACCGCGAGAGGCUGGUGAUGCGCGCUGAGUGCGACAUGGAGCUCACCCUGCUGCGCGCCGAGCUGGAUGCUUGUGAGAUCAAGUUGAGCAACAAGGAGCGGGCGGUGUGCGAGAGGGAGGUGGUGGUAGAGAGAGCCCUCUGCGACCAUGCCAAGCGGGGUCUCGAGGCCAACACCACGGCCUGCAAGCAUCGCACGCAGGUCACGGAUCUCACCCGCCUGGCGGAGCUAGAGGCCACGGCGGAGCGGGCGGCGAAGGACCACGAGGAGUGGGCGGCGGAGAGGGAGCGCCUGCGCAAGGAGCUCAAGGCGUGCCGCCCGGCGCGGGCGCACGCGGAGGCGCGGCUGAGGGAGGUGCUGGCGGAUGGGACGAUCGACUCGCUGGAGCACACCGUAGUGUGGCUGCAGGUUCUGCUGGGAGUGCAGGCGCUGGUGCUGCUCGUAAUGCUCUCCUUCCUCUUCUUCCUGCUUUUACAUGAGGAGAAUCCCACGGGAGGGGGCGCGUAUGGGUGGGUGGCGGUGCAGCCAGCGUCCAAGAUGCGGCUGGUGCCAGCAGAGGUGGCCAAGGAGACGCUCAUGAAGGCAUUUGAGGGCCGCAGACGCACCCGCCUGCCCAUCGUGCUCACCACUGCUGCCAACUACGAGCCUGACUCUGGCAGCCCCACAUUGGUCUUCCUGCUGGCGCCUGUCAACGUGGCAAGCUCAAGACGCUUCUCCCUGUUCAACCAUUCUGGGGACUAUGUGACGCAUGCAGAGAGGGCGCAGGAGAUAGUGGCCAAGGCCCUACCCAAGUCGCGCCUGGUGGUGGUGCUCUAUGAGGGGUGCGGGGGGCUCUUCACAGAAGCCACUCUGGACUCGCUGCGCCUCAAACCGGACAAGGUGGCAUACGAGGUGAUUCCCAAGGACAUGGAUUUCCCCAAGAGCCACAACCUGGUGGUGCCGUGGGUGGAUAAGACGGAAGGGGUGAAGACGACUGACAGCGAGAGGGAGAGCGACCUGUCGUCGGUGAUUCGAGCACAGCCGUGGGCGCAGUACCUGCUGGGGCGGAGCGGGAGGAUAGGGCAGGUGCACAGCCAGCUGCUGUAG